AUGUGUUCUUCAGAAGCUAGGGCGUACCCCAGAAGCGACGCGCAUUGUCCUCGCCCGGGCAAUGUGGCAAAUAUGCGAAGGCUACCGGCUAGAGGACAUAGCCGGCCAAAGAAGUUAGUCCGUCAUCACCAACAACAUCCAGUGCGCUUGGCAACACUUAACGUUGGGACGCUUACUGGAAGAAUUCGUGAACUGGCAGACAGUCUCAGAAAACGUCGUGUCGACAUAUGUUGUGUACAGGAGACUCGCUGGAAAGGCUCCAAGUCAAGGAAAUUAGGCGAUGGCUACAGGCUCAUCUACCUCGGCACAUCAAAUCGCAAUGACGUUGGUAUCACAUUGAACGAGUCGUUUAGAAACAGCGUCACAGCAGUAGAUCGACUAUCGGAUCGCCUGGUGGCGGUAAAAGUGGACACAGGAGAAGUGGAAUUGCGAGUCGUCUGUGCUUAUGCGCCACAGGUGGGCUGUAGUGAAGAAGAGAAGGGGUGCUUUUGGGAAGAUCUGGAGCAGUACGUCCAAUCUCUGGAAGGCGAAGAAGUACUUCUAAUCGGAGGAGACUUCAACAGACAUGUCGGUUCUCGGAAAGACGGAUUCGAGAGUUGUCAUGGUGGAUACGGUUGUGGAGCUUGUAAUGACGACGGGUUGCGAAUCCUGGAGUAUGCUGUUGCAAGUGACUUGAUCGUUGCUAACACGCAGUAUCGGAAGAAAAAAUCGCAUUUGAUCACGCACUGCAGCGGCGGUCGUGAAACACAAAUAGAUUUCUGGAUGUUACGCCGACGAGAUCGCCGACUUCUGCUGGAUUCAAAAGUCAUCCCUACAGACCAUGUCGCUGCCCAACACCAUUUGCUCGUCAUGGACUAG